GCCGGAUGUUGUUGUGGGUCCGAGAGACACGUGAGGCUGUGCUACGUCAUCACAGGCACGCGCUGGAAACAUGGCGGCGGCGGGUGUUGUGAGCGGGAAGGUUAUAUAUGAGCAGGAAGGCGUCUAUAUUCAUUCAUCUUGUGGAAAGACUCAAGACCAAGACAGCUUGAUUGCAGGAAUAUUGCGUGUUUUAGAAAAGGAUGCUGAAGUAAUUGUGGACUGGAGACCUUUGGAUGAUGCCUUUGAUUCUUCUAGUAUUCUCUAUGCGAAAAAGGACUCCAGUUCAGUUGUGGAAUGGACCCAGGCCCCCAAAGAAAGAGCUCAUCGAGGAUCGGAACAUCAGAACAGUUAUGAAGCAGAGUGGGACAUGGUGAAUGCAGUUUCAUUUAAAAAGAAGCCACAUAUCAAUGGAGAUGCUCCAAGUCAUAGAAAUGGGAAAAGCAAAUGGUCAUUCCUGUUCAGUUUGACAGACCUGAAAUCAAUCAAGCAAAACAAAGAGGGUAUGGGCUGGUCGUAUUUGGUAUUCUGUCUAAAGGAUGACGUCGUUCUCCCUGCUCUACACUUUCAUCAAGGAGAUAGCAAACUACUGAUUGAAUCUCUUGAAAAAUAUGUGGUAUUGUGUGAAUCUCCACAGGAUAAGAGAAUACUUCUUGUGAAUUGUCAAAAUAAGAGUCUCUCACAGUCUUUUGAAAAUCUUCUUGAUGAACCAGCAUAUGGUUUAAUACAAAAAAUUAAAAAGGAUCCUUAUACAGCAACUAUGGUAGGAUUUUCCAAAGUCACAAACUACAUUUUUGAUAGUUUGAGAGGCAGUGAUCCUUCCACACAUCAACGGCCACCUUCAGAAAUGGCAGAUUUUCUUAGUGAUGCUAUUCCAGGUUUAAAGAUAAACCAGCAAGAAGAACCAGGAUUUGAAGUCAUCACAAGAAUUGACUUGGGAGAACGACCUGUUGUACAAAGGAGGGAACCAGUAUCCCUGGAAGAAUGGACUAAGAACAUUGAUUCAGAAGGAAGAAUUUUAAACGUAGAGAAUAUGAAACAGAUGAUAUUUAGAGGGGGACUUAGUCAUUCAUUGAGAAAGCAAGCAUGGAAAUUUCUUCUGGGUUAUUUUCCUUGGGACAGCACCAAGGAGGAAAGAACUCAAUUACAAAAACAAAAAACUGAUGAAUACUUCAGGAUGAAACUGCAGUGGAAAUCUGUCAGUGAGGAGCAAGAGAAGAGAAAUUCGAGGUUAAGGGAUUAUAGAAGUCUUAUCGAAAAAGAUGUUAACAGAACAGAUCGAACAAACAAAUUUUAUGAAGGCCAAGAUAAUCCAGGGUUGAUUUUGCUUCAUGACAUUCUGAUGACCUAUUGUAUGUAUGAUUUUGAUUUAGGAUACGUACAAGGAAUGAGUGACUUACUUUCCCCUCUUUUAUAUGUGAUGGAAAAUGAAGUGGAUGCCUUUUGGUGCUUUGCCUCCUACAUGGACCAAAUGCAUCAGAAUUUUGAAGAACAAAUGCAAGGCAUGAAAACCCAAUUAAUUCAGCUAAGUACUUUACUUCGAUUGUUGGACAGUGGAUUUUGCAGUUAUUUAGAAUCUCAGGACUCUGGAUACCUUUACUUUUGCUUCAGAUGGCUGUUAAUAAGAUUUAAAAGGGAAUUUAGUUUUCUAGAUAUUCUUCGAUUAUGGGAGGUAAUGUGGACUGAACUGCCAUGUAAAAACUUCCAUCUUCUUAUUUGUUGUGCUAUUCUGGAAUCAGAAAAACAGCAAAUAAUGGAAAAGCAUUAUGGCUUUAAUGAAAUACUUAAGCAUAUCAAUGAAUUGUCCAUGAAAAUUGAUGUGGAAGAUGUACUGUGCAAGGCUGAGGCAAUUUCUCUACAGAUGGUAAAAUGCAAGGAAUUGCCACAAGCAGUUUGUGAGAUCCUGGGACUUCAGGAAAGCGAAGUUACAACACCAGAUUCAGACACUGGGGAAGAUGAGAAUGUUGGCAUGACCAGUUGUCCGACAUCUGCCUUUCAGAGUAACUCCUUGCCUGGACAUGCAGCCAGUGGAGUCAGAGAUGACAACCCAGCACAGACACCAGUGUCCCCAAGUGUCAGCAGAUUAACACCUGCCUGAUCAUCUUGCUUAAUUUUUUAAGAGACAUUUUGUUGCAACUCUUUCAAAAUUUUGAAAGGUGGAAAUUUAAAAUCUUGGUAUUGAUUAUGCUUUAAAGUUUGUGGAAAGAAAGUGUACUGAUAUUCUUGCAUUAAAGCUUUACAAAGAUUUAAACUAAUUAUUUUUGUAGUUACUUCUACCAAAUAGCCUUUCCUUUUCAAUAACAUUCCUUAGUAUUUUUAUAGCUAAGUACAUUUUAUUUUCUUGCUAAUGAACUGGAAUUGGAUGAAAAAAAAACUACAAGUGGAUGAGUUGGAAAUUACGCACUUUGGAAAACAUUCACUUUGUUUACUCUUAGUUUAGUGGGGUUUGGAUUUGGUUAAAUAUUGAAUCUUUCUAUAUAGCAGUCUAAACUGAGAACUAGAUUGUUACCCAGUGAUGAUUUAAAAAAAUAUGUUUUUCUCUGCUGUUUACAAUAAUAUUUAGCUUAAAUAUUUAUGCUGGUUGAAUGUGAUUUAAAUUGGACAUUUUACAUCAAUGCAAUUUAAUGUGUAGAUAAAGACCUCUUUCAACCAUAGUAGGUGGAUUGGCAGUAUAUUUUUUACCUUGAACUUUUCAAUUGUAUAUAAAGACUAAGUACUUAUUUAUGAGUAUAAGAAAGGAUAGGCAUAUUUUCUUUAACUGAAUAAACUUGAGUAUUGAUUUAUAUCAUCUGAUUUGAUGAAAUUAAUACAUAGCUUCAACAUGAGAUCUUUUUCAGAACUAUUUUCUUAAUGAAGUGUUUAUUUCAUGAGACUACAUUCAACCCUGUACCUGGUGUAAUUUUAAAAUUAAUUGCUUGUAACCUCACUUUACUAAUAAUGUUUAUUAUCUUUCCUAAUAAUGCAUUAACUGAUUAAUCAGGUCUUUACAUUAAAAAAUCACUCUUUACGAAAAGCUUAUGUCAGAAAUAUCAAGAUAACUGUCAUGAGUUUUAAAUAAUAUCCUUUUGUAUAUGAACAAAACUGUCGUUUUUACCAUGCAGUGUUGCAUGAUUUUAAGUUAUGUAGAACUAACAUAACUGAUUCCGUUUUAAUUGUAAUUUGUUAACUCCUGUACAUAUCAUUAAAAUAAAUUUGAAGUCGAA